CAAAAAAACCUUUGAAAAAUGGGCCAACUCACUCGGGCUCCCAAACAAAUAAGUGGGGUCUUUCUCAACGAAAAUAAAAUAAAAUAAGUUGGGUUGACUAGUUGUCGUCGCGUCACCAUUUCAAGUACCGUGAAGCCCAAGCCACCCUUCGCCCUUCUCCCCAUAAAACCCAGUUCGAUCAUCUCCACACACAACCGUGAUCCUUGCCAAACUCUCCCGUCCGUCUCCGCAACCAUGACCAAACAAACAACCAUCAUCAAUGGCUUCAACAACAACACUACUACAACACCUCCUCAUGUUGUUAUAGUGCCACUAAUGGCACAAGGACACAUAAUCCCGAUGCUUGACAUGGCACGGCUGCUGGCCGAGCGCGGGGUCCUCGUCACCUUCAUCACAACCCCAGUGAACGCGUCGCGCAUCAAAUCGAUCAUAGCCCGCAUGCACGAGUCCAACCUUCAUAUAAACUUCAUCGAGAUCCCUUUCCCCUGCGCCGAAGCUGGCCUUCCCUCGGCUGCGAAAAACUGUGACCUCCUCCCUUCUAAAGACCUCGUUCUGCAUAAGAUUUAUGAGACUGUUACUGACGAGUUUGAGGAAAUUGCUGUGCCCGGCUUGACUGAUAAUGAUGAUGAUGUUGUUAGUCAGAGCUUUAAGGUAUGUAAAUUGCACGCACCAGGGUGGUUUAACGCACCGGGUUUGGAGAAGUUACGUGAUGAGGCUUUGUAUGCAGAGGAAACUGCUGAUGGAGUGGUUAUGAACACUUUCGAUGAUGUUGAGCCUAUGAUGAUUUUUUGUGCUAGGAUUGAGAGAGGGAAUAAGGCUGCAGUGGAUCCAGAGAAGUUGUUCGGUUGGCUUGACUCUAUGGAGGAAAGGUCUGUGCUUUAUGUUAGUUUUGGUAGUUUGGCACGGAUGAAAGUGGGACAGAUAUUAGAGAUUGGGUCAGGACUAGAGGCUUCUGGGGUUCCUUCUAUUUGGGUCAUCAAGGAUGUGGAGAUGUGUUCGGAGGUUGAAGAGUGGUUGGAAGGGUUCCAGAAGAGGAUGAGUUUGAGGAGUUUUGUUAUCAAGGGAUGGGCCCCACAAGCCGUGAUACUCUCACAUAAGGCUAUUGGUGGUUUUGUUAGUCAUUGUGGAUGGAACUCAACCUUGGAAGCAGUGUCAAAUGGUGUGCCAAUGAUCACUUGGCCGCAGUUUGUAGACCAGUUCUUGAAUGAGAGGUUGGUUGUGGAGUUGUUGAGGAUUGGAAUUGCUAUUGGAGUGAAGAAGCCUGUGCUUUAUUAUGGUGAGGAUGAGAUUCCGGUUAAGAAGGAUGACGUGGAGAGGGCUGUGAGGAGUUUGAUGGGUGAUGGCGUGGAGGCCGAGGAGAGGAGGAUAAGGGCUAGAGAGAUUAAAAAGAAGGCUAUUAAGGCCAUGGAAGAAGGUGCAGGUUCUUCUUAUGAGAAUAUUACUAGGUUCGUUGAAUACAUCAAGCAUGAACCUUGCAAGGAUGUGCGAGGGACUGCAGUUUAAUAAAUUUGUAUGUACUUCUAAUAUAUUUUGCAUCUCAGAACUUUGUAUCUCCUUCACUAUAAGGCA